AUGGGAGCUCGUCAAUCCUAUCUCUACAUUUAUUUAAAGAAUAAGGAUAAAGACUGUAAUGAAGCUGGAUGUUCUGUAUCUCCUUCCAAAUCAGUAGUCAAAGGUUGCAUCGAUUUCGAACUUGUAACCUACACAAUCCAAUAUAAAGGUGAUAGUACCUAUUACGACAUUUACAUAUAUGACACUGAAGACAAAGAUCCUGACGCUUAUUACAUCUUUGGUUAUUGUUCCCCUAGAACACAUCAAGUUGCCAAUAAAGUUGAAGUAUACUAUUCUGUUUUAGCACCAGACAAGCCAUUAGUCAUUUCUUUUGUUACAAACAGCCAAAAAUAUAAUUGUAUAUAUGAUGAUUUAAAAUAUGCCAGAUGGAAUUGGGCUUCAUACAUUACUGAACAUACUUUUAAGGGUGAUGUGUUACUUAAGUUGAAGGAACAAUACAGGAAGUUGAAUUUGAACAAAACGAUUAAAUUAGCUGUUGGAGAAGAGGCAACUAAAGAUGUUACAGUAUUUCAACAGGAAAUAGGCCAAGAAAAAAAGAACUACAGAAUUAUUUACAAACCAAACGGCAAAGAAUCAGUUUUGAAUAGCAAUUGUAUAUUCAAUCAUGAAACAAUAGAUCCAUCCAAACAACUUGAGGUUGAAAAUGGUUGUAAAGAACAUAAAGCUAAUGAUAAAAAAAAUCAAAUUGAUCCUUAUUGUCUAACUUCUGUUAAAGAUCACUUUUUUGAUGGAAUUAUAGUAUACUAUGAUAAAGAGAAUGGCAAUAAGAAUAUGGCGUUAUACUUGGAGUUCAUUGAUUUGCGCAAGAAAGACAUAUGCCUUAAGAGAAUGGAUCAAGAAGGUUGUUGGUGGGCUGAAGAAAAAAUCGAGUACAAUGACAAUAAGGAUUUGGAGAGUCAAUUAAGUACAAUAAAAUCUGGUCUCAAAAGUGGUAACACUGUUCUUCUUGAUGCUAAGGCGACAUACACCGGUGUUGAAGUCACACCUGACACAAGUAAACAAGUUUAUAUUAUAUAUAAACACGUAUUUACAUCAGGUAAAGAGCUUAAUAUCUUGUUCGCAAGAACAACAAUAUCAAUCACUGCAAAAGGCAUAACAGGCGUCAACGCAAAACAUGUUGAAGUGUAUUAUUUGAAAGCUGGCCAUAAAGACGAUACAGAACCGUUUUUAAUAGCAUUGUAUGAAAAUGAUGUUAAUUCUCUAAAGAAAGCUUACCACUUUACGAUAAAUGGCAAAUUUAAAGACUGGAUUGAGUUUGAAAUAAAAAAAGGAGCAUCUAAGGAAGAAGAAUCACAAGAGCAAUUGACUAAAAAAUUUAAGGAGAAGGUCACCAAAAUAGAACAGUCUGGAAGUUGUAUUAAGGAAAUAAUUUCACGUCGAUUCAUAGCAUAUCAAAUAUUGACUACCGAUGAAAUUCCCACAGCUCCCGCAGGUCCGCCAGCAGUUCCACCUAUAAGACCACCCUUGGAAACACCAGGACCAACAACUCAACCUCCCAAUUGGUGGUUGAUCAUAGGAUGUAGUGUAGGAGGGUUUCUCUUACUAGUGGCUUUGGUUGUUGGUUAUGGUAUCUAUUGGUACAACACAACCAUCAAACUCUUGACAUAG